AUGUCAAACAUACUCACUCCCCUCCAGUCCAAGCCAUGCCUUCUCGACAGCUCAUCUCGAGCCUCACUCUGCCUGGCAGCUAGAAAGACCGAGCCGAUCAUCAAGGAUGACCAACUCACACAUCCCGUCCCCCUUAAGCACCGUAUCCCCCCACGAUCAUGGGAUAGCCACAUGCACGUCGUGGAACCGAACCGGUACCCGGUCUCCCCAGGCGCAGCAUACAUACCAUCCUCUCACACCCUCGAGGAGGCUCUGGCCUUCGAAUCUACCCUGGGAAUCAAGAACGUCGUUCUGGUCCAACCAUCCAUCUACGGUACCGACAACUCAUGCCUCCUCGAAGCCCUCAAACGCAUUGGCCCGUCUCACGGGCGAGGAGUGGUCGUCAUUGACCCGGCCACGACCUGUUCCACCACUCUCUCCGCAUGGCAUACACUAGGCGUGCGCGGAGUCCGAGUCAACCUACAAUCCGUAGGCAGAGUCCUCUCCGAAUCCGAGCUGGCAGAAGCCCUCUCCCAACACGCAGAGCUCAUCCGUCCCCUCGGCUGGAUGAUCCAGCUUUACUUGCCUCUCCACAUGAUGCCCAUGCUCAAGCACAUCGUUCCGUCCCUCGGAGUCAAAAUCUGCAUCGACCACUUCGGGUGCCCCGUUCUCCCUCCAAAACCGUUCAUCACCACUCGUCAAUUCAAUCCAUACACCCUCCCAGGCUUCUCGUCGCUUAUCACCCUCCUCCAAGCCGGCCAGACAUACGUCAAAAUCUCGGCCCCGUACCGCCUCAGCAAGGACAAACAACUGCGCGAUCUUGAGGUCGUUACGCGGGAACUUCUAAGCAGGGGCCCGAGGCGGGUAAUAUACGCGACAGACUGGCCGCACACGCGGUUUCAUGGGGUUGACGUUGGCCCGUUCACCGAGUUGUGUCUGCGAUUAUGUGCCAGUGAGACUGGACUAACUGAUCGGGUGUUCAGGUUGAACGCGGAGGAGUUGAUGGGUGGUACUUGA